AUGGAAGAAACCCUAAAAAAACUCCCAAAACCUGAAGACGCAAUAAUUGAAAACCCAGAACUUUAUAUUAUAGUCCGAAGUACGCCAAACAAAGCAAAUAUUAUAUGGCAAGACAUUGUUGACGUUAAUAAAGUGUACAAAGCAUUACAAUACCUCAAAAAUGUAAACGAACAUUAUGCUUAUAUCAAAUUAACAGAUUUACCUAACCAGCUCAUAAACAUACAUGAAAAUAUUCAACAAAAUGUUACAAAUACACCAGAUAAUACUGAAGAAGGCAUUUUAGAAGAUGGUACAGCAGCACUGUUGACCCAAAUCACAAGAGAAAAGGAAACUGAUUAUGAGCAUUACACCAUAUAUCCUUUGAAUGAACGGAGACAAAAUGCACCAGCUUCAGAACUCUACCAAAUGCUCAAAGUAAACACAGCACCGAUUGAUGCCCGAGAUAAAGACCUCGACGUUAAAUGUUUUCCACAUUUAUAUGUAGAAGGAAAAUACGGCCAAUUUCAUAAUCGGCAGCAGAAAGUAACUUCUAGUGAAUUUAUUAAAGCCCGGCUUAUGUCAAAACAUCCUCAAUUUAGACUCAACCAACAGUAUCUAUUUUUCUUAUUGAAUGAUGCUAAUAUGCGCCAAUUAAACUCCGGAAUCUUUUUUAAAAUGAAUUGUGCUAAUCAGAGAGAUAAAAUUACGGUAGAACGGUAUCUCCAAAUGCUUAAAAAUGAUGAGCUGGAAGGUGAUUUGACCGCAAUAUUUGGCCGACUGAGAAACACCGAACAGUUUUGGAAGAAACCAAGAAACGAUGUAAAUUGUAUGACUCAAAAUUACGAUCCAGCAACUUGGUUUCUUACCAUGAGUCCCUCUGAGUGGAUGUGGGAGGAUUUUGGAGAGUACAUCAGGCAAGUAAAUGGCGUUAAAAUGGCUAAUAAAAUAAUCAGUGAAUUGGUUGCUCUUGACCCCGUAUCUACCUCACAUAUUAUAGAUAACAAGUUUCAUGCAAUGUUAGACUUAAUAACUAGUUCAGAUGAGCCUUUAGGUAAGAUUAUUCAUUACGUUUGGCGUCGAGAGUACCAAUCUAGGGGUGCUCAGCACUUCCAUUUAAUGUUGUGGGUUAAGGAUGCACCUAUUCUACAUAAGUAA